AUGUCUGAAUUACAAUGUUUAAUAUGUUAUAAUGAACCUAAACAACCUAUUAUCACACAAUGUGGUCAUACCUUUUGUUGGAAAUGUAUUGAAGAUAAGGUACCUGGAUAUUGUCCUUUUUGUGGUAAUCCAAUAACGUUAGACUCAUUAGUUUCAAUAUUUAAUGAAGAUGGUACUAAUGCCCCAAUUAAUAAUAAAAUGAAUAACUCGAAUGAAGGUCUAGAUAAUAUUAACCAACUACCGGCUCAACAUUAUGAGACAAGUGAAGAAACACUUUUCACUCAUUUUUUAAAUUUAUUCAACCUUGAUUCAAGUCCAUCUAUGACAAUUGAACAAGAAAGACAAUUAUUUACUAUUCCAAGAUGGUUUGUUCUUGGAAUUAUAUUUGUUGUAUCCAUUUUUAUACUUCUUCUAUGGAUGAAUUAA